AUGAUAGAUUUAUCAUCGUCAAAUGUAACCAUCGAUGAUUUAAUUAUUGAUAACGCUGAUUUAUAUGAAUCAAUUCGCAGGUCAUUUACACGUGAUCCAUUUGAACAUUAUGUUAAUGGCAUAUGUGGCUUAUUCAUCUGUUUUCUUGGGAUCAUUAGUAACGCAUUGAGCUUUUCCAUUUUAAUUCGUCGAACAAUGCGACUAUCAACUUACGUUUAUUUAGCUGGUUUAUGUUUAAGCGACUUUACUACUUGUCUCUUUCUUAUACCUGGUUAUAUAUUAGAUGCAUAUCCAAUUGAGAUACUUGAUUGUGAAUUACCACGUACAUAUGCGUACACACAAAUACUUAUUAUUACAGCUGCAAUUAGCACAACGACUCGUGUUCUGAGUGUGUGGCUUUGCGUAGCUUUUACAAUUGACCGAUGGAUAAUGAUAUGUCGACCAUUUGAUAGUCCAAUUUAUUGUACAAUGAAGAUUGCUCGUCAUAUUACAUUCUUUAUUUAUAUUGUUGGCGUUUUUUAUGCGGUUCCACUUAUGUUUGAAUAUGAAUCACACGAAGAAAGAGUGUUAACUGAAUUAUUUUCAACGGAUCAUAGCAAAAAAUUCUAUCGUUAUAAACUAAGUGUAUUAGGAAAAAAUUUUAUUUUUCGAUGGAUCUAUGUUUUGAUUAAUGCACUUGGUGUUUAUCUUAUUCCAUUAACAACAAUUAUAAUAUUGAAUCGAAAAUUACUUCUAUCAAUUCGAUUAUUAGAACGGCGUUCAGCUGAAUAUAAUGCACCGUUACCAACUAAACAAAGUGUAACAAUAAUGUUACUUGCGACAACAAUAAUGCUUCUUGUAUUGCGUUCUCCAUCUGCUAUUAUAUCGGUUAUGUGGUUAAUUAGUGCAAAAAUGUUUAUAAAUGAAAAAGCACCAUUUCGUUUACGAAAAUUUCAUUCCAUAGCAAAUCUAUGUGCAACAUUAAAUGCAGCAACAACAUUUAUCAUGUUUAUAAUAUAUGGUACAAAAUUUCGAUCAGAAUUUACUCAUGUUUAUUGGUGUGGCUCCAAUAAAAUUGACAGAAAACAAAACUCGAAUGAAACUCAACAAAAACAACAAAUAAAAAACUCAAUAUCACAUAAUUCUAUUGACAAUGAGCUCAAUAUUAACAAUCAAAUGAAUGUCUCAAUGUCAAAAUCACCAAAUCGAAAAUUGUUUCCAGGAAUAAAUCAAUCUUGUGAUUCUACAGCAAAUCCUUCGCUACCAUUUUUAAGAAUUCUUAAAAUCCAACAAAGAAAACAGCAAUAUCCAUGUGAACAAGAAUGUAAUCUGGUGUAUCAAACAAACAAUAAUAAUAAUAUCAAUGAUGAACCUACAAGUCGAGAAAUUCAAUGUGAUAAUCAGGAUUACGAUAGAAAAGUAGCUAUGUUACAAGUACCCUAUGAUAAUUGGUUUAAAAGAUUGAUCACAUGUUAGCAACCAAUAACCAAUAGGCAAACAGAACAUGUUGCGUAUCUAUCGAUACCAUCUGAUAAUUGUAUUCAAUUAAUUACGCAUGCAACUAUUACUAAUAUACGUUAUAAAGUAUCACAAGAAAAUGUUGCUCUUUUAUGCUGUUGUCUUCCAUCAUUGGUUCGACAAAUUAUGUAUAAGCGUCCAUGGUUAAAACCAAAUGAUAUUAUUACUUGUCUUAGUUCAGAUAUUAUGAAAGAAACUAUGGAUUACGUUGAUAACAACGAUUUCUCGAAUAGUAGUAAUAAAGUAUUUGAUAAGAAACUAACCGAUAAACAGCUGAACGAUAAUGAUUCAAUGAAAUCACAUCAAUAUGAUAGCACUAGUCUGUCAUCCAAUCAAAGCAAAAAACAAGUAACAUCUGAUGAUUCAAUUUUAUCAGAAGAUUCAUCCCAAUUGGAACUUGAGUCACAAAAGAAUACUAAUAGAAAAAAAGAGAAAAAAAGUUGGAAAAUUAAUGGUGAAAAGGUUAAUGACAAGCGCAAAAUCUCACCACAAUCGCUAAAUAAUCAACUCAAUAAAGAUAUUAAAUCAAGUAUACUCGUUUCAUCGACUGAUACUCAAAACAAACCCGAACAGUCAGACACAAAUAAUUCAGUUCGUACGCUUCAAGAUGGGCAAAAUACAAAGAAAGAUUUUGAUAAAAUCAAUUUUAAAUUCAAAUCAAGAUUAGAUAGUCGAUCAUCACGUCAUCUUAUCGAAUAUCCAACCGAAAAGGAUUCAAAUAUCAGUCAACAUGUUGGAAAAUGUUUAGCUUUUUAUUAUAAAAUUCGAGAACACUUUGAUGAUGAUACAUCUGCUUUACUUCUCAAGUGUUGCUUAUGCUAUGGUGAUUGUUCACGGAAAAAAUAA